CUUCUUCUCGCUCAAAAAAAAAUCACCAAAUGGCGGACGACGCCGGUGGUAGAGGAGGCUUCCGUGGCGGCUUCGGCACCCGUGGGCGCGGGCGGGGCCGCGGAAGGGGUCGUGGCAGAGGCCGUGGUGCUCGCGGCAAGGCUGAGGACAAGGAGUGGGUGCCAGUCACUAAGCUUGGGCGCCUGGUCAAGGACAUGAAGAUCAAGACCCUGGAGGAAAUCUAUCUUUUCUCUCUCCCCAUCAAGGAGUUUGAGAUCAUUGAUUUCUUCCUGGGAUCUUCUCUGAAGGAUGAAGUUCUUAAGAUUAUGCCUGUGCAGAAACAAACCCGUGCUGGUCAGCGCACAAGAUUCAAGGCUUUUGUUGCCAUCGGAGACUAUAAUGGGCACGUUGGGCUGGGUGUCAAGUGCUCCAAGGAAGUAGCUACUGCAAUCCGUGGAGCCAUCAUUCUGGCCAAACUGUCCAUUGUUCCUGUACGGAGAGGCUACUGGGGUAACAAGAUUGGCAAACCCCACACUGUACCAUGCAAGGUGACAGGUCGUUGUGGCUCAGUCCUGGUCCGUCUGAUCCCUGCACCCCGUGGUACCGGCAUUGUCUCAGCUCCUGUCCCUAAGAAGCUGCUUCAGAUGGCUGGUAUUGAUGACUGUUAUACCUCAGCCAGGGGUUGCACAGCCACGCUGGGAAACUUUGCUAAGGCCACCUUUGAUGCCAUCUCCAAGACGUACAGUUAUUUGACUCCUGAUCUCUGGAAGGAGACUGUGUUCUCCAAGUCACCGUACCAGGAAUUCACCGAUCAUCUGGCCAAGACUCACACCCGCGUCUCUGUUCAAAGAACUCAACAAGGUGCUGCGGCUCCAGCAACAUAAAACAGUUUUUUUGUAUGAGAGAAUAAAAUCUGGACUC